AUUGCGGUGGUGCCGCGAAACGGCCCAAGUUAUCCUUCCAUCGAGGUCAAGGGCGCGAGAGGUGUAAGCUGCACUGGCAACUGAAGAGCUCCGUAGUCCGUACGAUCCCUGUGCCCUCGCUCCUCUACCAUUGGAGCUCUAGCUUAUUAUAUACACGCAGUGAGUCACACAGAGACACAAAUAUUUAUAGAUACAGAAAAGAAGAGAAGAAGAGCAAGGUGAAUAGUAAAACUUCAAACUCUUAAUUAACAAUGGCGGAAGGAAGGGAAGGUGAUUGGGAAUGCAGUGGAUGCAGGAACAGAAACUACGCCUUCAGAUCCUUCUGCAAUCGCUGCAAGCAGCCUCGCCUUCUCGUCGACACCAAAACCCCCGCCGACUCCAAAUGGCUCCCUCGUAUUGGCGAUUGGAUCUGUACCGGUUGCACUAACAACAAUUAUGCAUCAAGAGAGAAGUGCAAGAAGUGUGGGCAACCAAAGGAGGUGGCGGCAAUGCCAGCAAUUGCAAUGCCUGGAGCUUCUCUCCCAACUUAUUCACAUUAUUUUGCCAGGGCCCAAGGAGGACUGGACCAAAAGAUGAAUAUCGGAAUAAUGGGCAAUGGUGCUCCCCAACAAUCGCUUCCUCUGAACUGGUCUAUGGCAGGGGCUGAUAAAUACGGAGUUCAGCCACCUUCUUCUUGGUCUGUAGGUGGGAACCCUAAUGCUGGACUUCUAUAUUCAAACCCUACUAAUCAGCUUCUUUCAGUUCCAAAAGGAUGGCGCAGCGGUGACUGGUUAUGCAAUUGCGGUUUCCACAAUUAUUCGUCUCGAACACAGUGCAAAAAAUGCAAUGCUUUCCCACCAGCUCUUGGAACGAAGCGAUUAGCAUCGGAAGAGCUUGUUCAUGACUGGGAUAACAAGAGAUUGAACAUAGGAAGUACAGUUGGGCAUCAGCAAUCCUAUCCUGGGUUUGAGCAAGUGGUAGGCACCAGUGGUAAUCCUGUAACUGGACCUUAUGCUUCAUAUCCUCCCAGCGUAAGCUCAGGCAUGGCUCCGAAUUUGCAAGUCCCCAUGCCAUUGACACAGCAAACAACGACACCUACACUCCUUGGCAAAGGAGCAAAGCAAUGGCGUAAUGGGGAUUGGAUGUGCACAAAUUGCAACAAUCAUAAUUAUGCGUCUCGGUUAAAUUGCAAUAGGUGCAAGACUCAAAGAGAUGCAACCGCGCAGCCGGUCAAUGUCAUGUAGUCUUUCAAAAUUAUGAAGUUGUUUCAACCUUCCAUUCAUUUUGAACUAUGUUGAGGUGAAGAUGAACGUUUUCUAUAACCUUUGGUUAUCUCCAUGGUGAUACAUUAUUAAGAUAGUAGAUUGAUAUUUCAAUCUUAGUCUCCGCUCGCCAAGAAUGUAAUUUUAUAGCUCCAUAGUUUCAUCUCAUAUAGAAAGGAUGGGUGC